GUUUCAUUACAGAACUGUAUGGCCCGAGCUCUCUACGACAACGUGGCUGAGUCCCCAGACGAGCUGGCCUUCCGUCGUAACGAUGUUCUUACUGUACUUGAACAAAACACUGCUGGUCUGGAGGGCUGGUGGCUGUGUUCACUGCGAGGACGUCAGGGUAUCUGUCCUGGCAACCGUUUGAGGAUUGUUCCUGGGAUUUAUGACACUGGUGCUGGUGUUACAUCCAUUGCUGCCCUUACAUCUGCACACAGUCCUGCCACAACUGUUAUCACCACCAGCCCAACUGUUCGUCUUGGUGCAACAAGCCCAGCUCCAAGGACACAACGACCACUCUCCAACAAGGUUGUAACACCACGUCGAGUAGGAGAUGUUUAUACAUAUGAUACACCUCGUCCACUGACACACAAUCAACAGGCCUCGCAGAUGGACUAUGACAUCCCUCCUACAAAACAUUCUCCCCAUGACAGUGGAGGUGCUCGUUUAUCACGCAGCAGCAGUCUCCGCUAUGACACUCCCCGAACUCACGCACGCUCCCCACUAGACCAGUAUGAUAUACCACGUUCCCAGUAUGAUUCCCCAAAGGUACGACCAUUGUAUGACUCUCCGAGGUCUCAGCAACACUAUGAUUCACCUCGAGCGCACACAGACACUCAGCGCUUAGGUAGUGCACCACGAAGUCUUAUUAAAGGUGUCCGGGGUGGUGCUCCACCAACUGUGCCAGCAUUUAGUGAUAACCACCAAGAAUAUGAUGUACCGAGACCAACAAAUGCAAAUCAGGAUGCUCAGCUUGAUAUGCCACCAAGUGACCGUUCCAGUGGUGUAUCUGUCAUGUCAUGCGAGUCCUCACAACUGUCAACCUCCUCUUCUGCCUCAUCAUUAGCUGCCUCUGAGUCUCUUUCUCUGUCCUCACUUGGUGGGUCUUCUAACCGCUCUAGCUUAGAGUCUCACGAUGUAUACGACAUCCCACCAGAACCGCGAAAAGUAACAGGGUCUCAGCGUCCUAAACUUCCUCCACGAGAGUCGAGGGAUGCAAGAGAUGCUUAUGAUGUUCCUCGCUCUGCAUUACUAGUAGGAUCUGAUACAUAUGACACACCACCGUCUAGAACACCACGCGCACUUCUGAUGCGUGGUGGUGAAGGUGUAUAUGAUGUGCCACCACAAGUUAGCAGAGAUGUUCGUCAACCAGAUUCUGUAGAUGCUACAACAAACCGUCUUUCAUCUGGUUCUGACUCAUCUGGCGGUGAAGUGGAUUUAAGCUUAGGAAAAGAACUUCCUCUGGAACAUGAUUCUGCUUUAGAUAUGUUGGCAAAACUACAGCAGGAAGUAUAUGGGGCCAUAGAAAAACUGUCAACAGUACAUCAGAGUGGAUCAUGGAGAACAAGAGAGACAGUCGAGGAGAGAGAAGGAGAUAUGAAGGUAAUCGUCUUCCGACUUCGUCAGUCAGUGCAUGACAUUUUGAAAUUUGGUCAAGGUUCAGCUGUUAAUGCUGCUCAAAAUGGGGAACGAAGUGUAGCUAGGAAGUUGCAUAGACUUUUAGAACCAGUGACAAGAUCAGCUGCCACUGUGGAUGAAGCAUGGUCCAGAUUGCAGGGAGGUGGAUGGACCCAGGCUUUGGCAAGUGGUACUAAUCCAGAGAACCUCACCCAGUUAGCAAUAAUUGCUCAUACUUUGGUAGAGGAUGUGCGGCGUUUAGCUUUAAAUAUUCAAGCAAAGGUUUCUUCCAUUUUCAAAAAAUCACCAAGUUUCGAUCUGACAGGGUUUUCACGCCAGCAAGGACUAGAUGAUGAUGAAAAGACUCCAGUCCAGGAACGUCCUUUACCUGAUCUUCCAGAGAAAAAGCAACUUGAGAAUAUGUAUGAAAAUGAUGCAAGAAAUUGGCUUGAGGACUAUGAUUAUGUAAACUUGGAGACUCGGGAAAGUGUGGAACGUGAACAUGAAGAUAUUAAGAAAGAGUUGCCAGCACAACUAAGGAAGUCAUUUGACAACUUAGUGAAACAGUCACAGCUAAUAGUAGACAGCGAUCACGAGAAAGCUUUACGCAAAGUUGAUUCAUCUUGUACAGUCACUGACAAAAAAGGCAGUAGCAUUUUAGAUCCAAAUGACCGACAAGUUGUAGCAUUCUAUGGAAAUCAGGCUGAGGUGCAUCUUCAGCAUCUGAAUACUGCUAUCGAUGCAUUCCUUCUCACCAUAGAGAACAACCAGCCACCAAAGGUUUUUAUUGCACACUCCAAGUUUGUUAUUUUAAAUGCACAUAAAUUAGUUUAUAUUGGUGACACUGUCCAUCGCAACAUUGUAAAUGCUGAAGUAAGAACACGUGUAUUAAACUGUUCCAAUGCUCUAUGCGAUGCUAUGAAGAACACUGUAUCAGCAGCAAAGACUGCAGCAUUGCAGUUCCCAUCAGUGGUAGCAGUUCAAGCAAUGGUGGAUGCUUUUGUUGCCAUCUCUCACUUGUCUAACAACCUGAAACAAGCAGUCUCUGCUGCCCCUCUGUGAUGAUCAUGCCAUAUACCUCCUUGACUAGCUCACUCUAAAAGUUGACAUUUUAAAUGAUUUAUCAAGUUCAUGACCAUCACAAAGAUAUUUCAUAGACUAUAGCAAGCAACUGAGAGAUCCCAGCCCUCUCCCUGGUGCUAUGUACAGGAUUACAGGAGAGGUGGGUCAACUAAUAAGGAGCCAUUUAUUGUGUUAAGUAUCAAAACUACUUGUAAAAUUUUAAAAAGUACACAUUAAAUACAGUAUAAUUAUUUCUAUCAUUUUACAUUAAUAAAUUAAAUAAAUUUGUUUAGAUUAUUUGAAUUAUUAGGAAUGAGUGCUGUAAAUCUAAAUUACUGAUGGUAUAUGGUACUGUAGUAAUUAAUAUUUCAUUUAUUGUGAAUUGGCAGCAUUUGAGGUUUUGAAUAGGAGCAAUCAUUCCCUUAAACACAAGUCAUAUUUGUAUAUAUCUGGCAUGCAGUUUAGGUAUUUAUUUUUUAUCCAAAUCACUGGUGGAUAUUUGUCCACUUGCUAAGUUUGAUAAUGUGCAAAACAUUAUUGGGUUGUCAUUGGUUGGUAAGACUGCAAUUGGAAGUCAUCCUGAUUUCUUAAUGUUAUAUAUUUAUUUGCUGAGGCUUUAGCUUUAAUGUAUUUGGAGAGAAUUUUUCCAAGCAUAACUUUGUAUAUUUUCUUCCUUGAGGGAAAGAUAACUCAUGUUUUUGUAUUCAUUAUUGAUUAUUUGCAAAAUUAUUGAUCUGUUCUCUGAAAGUUUUUCAUAUAACAGAGAAUAUAUUAAAGAUUUCAAUGUCUUGCAGCAUAAUAUGUUAAGUGACAUCUUCCAAAGUACCUAAGACAGACUUGAUAUUGUAAAUGUUCGAAGCAGAAACAAUGUAGGCAUCAGUAAUCAUUUUGUAAUGGAAAUGUAGGCUUCACUGAUUAAUAAAUGUUGUAAUUUUUGUUAAAUUUCUAAUACUGCAUAUGUAGACAAAUACCUCAACUACACUAAUUACAAAACCAUGAUGCAUAAAUAUUUUAUGCCAUUGAUCUUUUGCCAUGGUUAAUUAAUAGUGAAGGCGAGACUUUGGAGCUCCUGAAUGGCUAUUCUUAAUUACAGAUUUUAGGCCUUUUUGCUCAUAGUCAGCUUACUAGUAUUUAUGAUACGAUGAGAGAAACUAAUGCCUAUAUUGAGUACUUCACUCUUCCACUUUCUUUCAUGAUACAGGUAAUGACUUCCACUGGUUGCAGUCAAGAUAGUGGAAUUCUAAAUUCCCAGGCUGUGAUUUUAAUGUUUAAGUAAAUAUAAUUUUAAUUACCAGUUCUUUGUAAAUAGAUUAUGCAAGUGUAUAUAUUGUACAAGAGUAAACAUAUUAUUAAAAACACACAAUGCAUGUUAGAAAUGAGUGAAAUAUGUUUUGCAUGCUACACAGUAUGCCAGCAGAGUGUAGGUAGGAAUGUAUUGCAGCGAGAACCCUACAUAUCCUCCAGGCAUGAUGCCUUCUUAGGUGCCCAGGCUAGUUUUAGCCAUGUAUUACCACUAAAAUCAAAAAGAAGUGCUGUAACAGAAGUGCUAUGCUUGACGUGGACCUGUUGCUUGUAGCCAGAGCUUAGCCUCUGUUCACCCACAGCAUAAAUGUUCCCUUGGCAGAGUUUUGCCUUCUUAACAUAAUUAAUGUUAAGAAACUCCAGCUAUGUAGUUGAUAUAAUGUUUUAAGGAAUGGGGUCAAUGAUUCCUAAUAUUAAAUGGGAUCUGUGUUCAUACUGCACUCAGCAUUGAUUACUGUUGUCAUUCCACUGCCGCUUGUAACUGCCAUCAGUCAUAAUGACAUUCUCUUGUGACUGCACAUAUAUAACCAUGAUAUGUUUUUAUGUUCUCAGAGCAGAAUAUGAGGAUAGCAGAAUUCACAGUGGCUGAAUACCUCGUAACUGUGUGAACUGAUAAGUGACCAGUGCUCUUGGACAUAACCUGUGAAACCUACUCUUUGCAGGCACAUAUGGACACACACACAUGCGCAUGCACACACAUGCACACACGCAUAUACACACACACACACAUAUAGGUAUAAUAUAUAGUAUAGUAUACCAUAUAUACAGGUAUAUAUAUAUUUAUAUCAAGACCAUGUAUUUACUUCCAUUAUGCAAAUAUUUCAGCUUUGUGAAUUUUGUGCCCCAUAAAAAAUAUUAGUUACUGUAAAAGAGAGAGUAUAAGAUUAUUUAAAGGAAUUUUAAAAAAGGGAUGUCUUGUAAUUUUGAUACAAUUUUUUGAGAACCCUUUUGAAUAGCUUUGAAACUGAUCUUAUGUUUUUAUCUGAAUGCUGAAAUUUCAGUUGUAUAUUAAGAAAGAAAUUUAAUUAGAAAUUGAACCUGUCCAUUGUGUCCUUGUGCAUAUUGUGUGGUAAUGUGAUUACCUCUUGUGUUUUUGUACCUAUAUUUGAUAAUAUGUAAUGUACUUUUAACAGGCCAACAACAUAACCAGGUUAAUAAAAUAACUGUAUGUAAAAA